AUGAAAGAAAGAUAUAACCAAAAUAGCAUUAAUGUCUUGUAUAAUGCUCAAGGGAGGAAACUGGUUAAGACAAUUGACAUUCAAGAUGGAGUUACAGACUUCUAUAGGCAGCUUCUUAGGUCAGCAACAAACUCCCUGCCCAUGGUUGAUGUCACUCUGGUUAGAAUUGGUGCUCAGGUGUCACAAGUUGCUGCUAGUGACCUGAUUAAGGUGGUAUCCCACAGAGAGAUAGAUGAAGCUUUGAAUGCUAUUAAUGAUAGCAAAGCAUCAGUGUACAAACAUUUUCAUGUUAAAGACUAUAGGCCUAUUGCCUGUUGUACGAUGUUAUUUAAGAUUAUUGCCAAGAUCUUAACUAGAAGGAUGCAAAGCAUGAUUACUGAAGUGAUUGAUUUGGCUCAAGCUAGCUUCAUGCCUUGA